AGCGCACCCGCUUUCGUGCCAGCCCCUUUUUUCCAAGCAGGGCAUGGGCCACGACUGUGGUGUGCUGUUGUUUCUCCUGGCAGCAUCGCAGACGCUGAACGCAGAGCAGCCAAAGGACACCUUCGGCCUGAACACCUUCUGCGCAGAUUGCCCGUCGUAUCGGCUGAUACGUUCCAAGAGUUACGACAGCGAGGAGUUGCUGCGCGAUUUUUUCGUCGAUCGCGAGGGCCUGUGUCCAGCACUUCGAGUUGAGGGUCCGUUUGCUGGCUUGCCCGCAGUAGCGGACGGCAGCGAUGCCAACAGAAGGGAGCCGUGCGUCGUUCGAUCAGUACCCUUCCUGUGCUCGGCAGAGGCGUCCAUCAGCAUCAGGCUCACAGGGGACGUCGGCGAUGAACGGGUCGUGCGGGACCUUUCGGUCGCAGGCGGGCUGCAGGCUGUGUCUGUUCGCUCCGUCGCAGACGGCAUGCUCGUGGCGUCGGUGGCCCCGUCUGGCGGCACGGAAGUGCUGACCUUUGGCCCCAGGGAGCUCGUGGGCGCCCUCGGAGUGCCCGUUGUCGUCGACCUGGUCGCCAGGCCUGGCGAGGGCCCGGGCCUCGCUCGGGUCAGCGGCGUCGUCAUCUCCCAGGGGUCCAGCUGGUCGCUGCUGCACCAGGGCGUCGGCUGCAGGGGCGCGGCGGCGCCCGAGGGGCUCCAGGGGCCGGCCGACGCGGCCCGCUGCCUCGAGCUGGCCCUGGCGGACCCGGGGUGCGCGGGGGCUGCCGUGCACAGCGACGGGGGCGCGGUCUGCGGCUGCCUGCCGCGGGGCGCAGAGUGCUGGGCCGCGCCCGGUGCGGCUGGCGGCAGCGUCUACGCGCC